AUGGUUGCUAAGACUCUGGUUGCCGCUAUUUUUGCAGCUUAUGUUGCUGCUGGGCCUUGCAAGCCUCAGAGUCUCCCCUCGGACAUUUUCUCUAUCACUGAGUCAACGGUUACAACAACUGCUGCUCAAAUCACCACUUCUGGUCACAGUACCACUCAGUCCGAAGCAGAGUCUACUAGUGAAUCGACAAUUAUUGAAUCCCUGACCACAACGUCUAUUGAACAAUUGACACAGACAACGGAAGCAGCCUCUACUACCACCUCCAACGGGCCUAUUGGCGAGGCCAUCAUCCUCCAGGUUAAUCCCCAACGCCGCCUUGCGAAGCGAGAUACCACGUUCGUUGGCAACAACAACCCUACCUCUUGUGACCUCGCCACGGUCUUUCACUUUGACUCCGAGCAGCUUCUCCAAGAUGGGGCGCCUAUUUACUACGAAGGCGAAGGAUACCAAGAGCUUACCACUCAGGGCACGGUGCCGGCCGGCGCAGUCACGAGGGCCUUCUCGAUCGCUGAAGGCUACCUUUCGUGGACGAACGCGGCGUUUGGACAGGCAGGUUUCUGUCAAACUCCGUCAGACGGAAAGGUCUACAUUACCUUUACCUCAAAGCCUACGGGCUGUCAGUCAGUGACACUUGCAUCGUAUAAACAGAGCCAAUGCCAGAACGGACAGAUUGUUGUUGAUCAGGAGACUUCCUCUACUGAAGCGGCGAAGACUACCGAGGAGGAGACUUCCUCUACUGAAGCGACCAAGACUACGCAGGAGGUCACUUCUUCUGAGACAACUUCUCAAUCUACUGAAGUGACCUCUUCAGCGAACGUCUGUCUAGCAGGCCUCAAUGACCCAAACGGCCAACCUGACGUAGAGAGUCAUAUCAGUGACUGCAGCGCUUACAACACUGUGACCGUCAGCCCCCUCACCUCAACUUCAACUGUUCUGAAGCGCCGGGUGUAUUACCAGAUUCCUACAGCUUGGGCCACCCCUCAACCAAAGAUCACGAAGCGCGCCGAUGACCCCACCGACACAACUAUUUUCCCAACUGAAGUCCCCCCUUACGCUACGUACUGCGACUCUCCUUCGGAAUACUUCGAGGCUUGCUCAGAAGCUGGAGUGACCGCCUUCACAACUACACUGCCCGAGCCUGAUGCCACAACUACCACAUCCACCUCGAAUGGUUGCGGACCUCUGUCAAAGAUGAAGAGGGGAAUUGAAUAUCUGGGAUAUACCUUGUCCGAUGAUUGGGAUCGUGCAAUCUUCACCGGAGUUGUCCUCCAUGAACGGUUCCAUGACUAG